AUGUUGGUGUUUCGCUACACCACCACCAGUCAAUAUCCUAUUGUUUCGCCGACGCUACAGACCGCUCCUCCAUUGCUGCAUAAUCGGCAGCGCCCAGGAGGCAUGGAGACGCUUGGGUGCGGAUGCUUCCUCGGCCACUUUUUGACGGCUGAUCUACGUCGUGCCGGUACUUGUGGCAAAGACCCUGCGAUGACGAUUGGUACAGAUUGGCCCCCGUCUUCGACACUGCGUUCAUUAAUGUAUCAGCUUGGCCAUAAAAUGUAUCCAUAUAUUCUUCCAGGAGCUCUGUCUCAUUGUGCAGAUGCUGCGCAACCUCCAUGUGAUCUCAAGGGUGGGGUUAUCAUUCUUUGGAGUCAAGUUCGCGCCUUUGAGGAAGUUGAGCCGGACGGUCUUCCGGCUUUCGAUGGAAAGGCUAGGUAG